UCUCAUGGCUGGAAGCUUCAAUGAUAGCGCCAUGUCCUUGUCUGCCAAGACCUCCGGAAUCAUUCUUCCUCUCAUCACCUUACCUGUUCUUCUUUUAUGUGGCCUCCUGCAUCCCCCAUUAGUUCUCGAGGGAAUCUGAAGAAGAGUCGAAGGCUAGCUGAGAGCUUAGCUUCCCUUUUCAUGUUGUAUACUCGUACAGAGGUCAACGAGUGUACCACUGUGUGAUCAUGGCGGGGAUGCUCCCUGGCGUGGAAUGCGCCCGGCGGAGGGGCUUCCAUCUCGGCGGUCCGGUGGAUUCGUCCACCAGUUCGAGGAGGUCAUCCUUUUGCUUGUACAGAACAGGACAUGAGGCGCAUCUGAGUAGUAGCUCCACGAAAAGAAGCACCUUGAGCAGAGAAAUCCAUGGCGAGGCACUCGGACACGUCGCAAGGGAAGCCAAGGAGAGGUUGGAUGCAAGACUACAGAUCAAGAGGCAUAAUAGCUUAGGGAGCGUGAAGCAGACCAAGAACGAGGGAUGUGGCCAGGGACACAAGCACAGGAUCCUUGGCUCUGUGCAGAGAGAGGUGUUCUCUUCCUCCAAGAAGAGCAGCAGGAAGUUUAGUUGGAGCAAGCUGGGGUGGAGGUCGUCGGAGCAGGCGGAUUGCGCGGUGUGCUUGGAGGAGUUCGAGACGGGCGAUAUACUGGUGCACCUGCCCUGCGAUCACAGGUUCCACUGGGACUGCGUGUUGCCAUGGCUAGAGAGCAGCUCUCACUGCCCAUGUUGCAGAACCACCAUAGUUUCUCAGUGAUCAUUUCUGCAGAUAACAUCGGAAUCAGUAAUCCGAGAAUAGAUUAAUGGUCUGACCUGCUGCCACUCGAGGCUUCAUCAUCGUGUUUAGACCCUAAACUGAUCCAAGUUGCAGUAAGUUUCUGCUGCUCUUGCGCAUGUUUGGUGGAACAUAAGCAGUAGGUUUCAAUGAAAGAUUAAGAUUAAGAUGUUCGUGUUGAUUUUGAUGAAGGAUGAGCACAAAGAAUUCCUACACCCAGUUGAACAUCCAAGUGUUUUGGUCAUAAUUCCUUCACUGGAUCCUAAAUGUUUAAUUACCAGAAAGAUAUUGAUAAUUUCAACACAGCCUUGUUGUUCA